CCGUUAAAGGUGUUGGUGUCAGAUUACAUCCUUUUCUUCUGACUUGUUCAUCUUGGCAAGGAUGAGCAGUGUACAAGUACCAUCAACCAGAGUACCUCAGACAAAAUCGAGCGUAACCUUGCCAUCACUUUCUCGUAUACAAUUUCCCGAAGGAUCUACAUCAAAUCCACCAAUCAAACGUAUACACUCUGAUGCAGACGUAUCUCUUUGGAAGCAAAGCAAAGCCAAAGAACAUGUAGUCUUAUUCGUUUCAAGAUUAUGUGAGAGUGCUGUUGGAAAAGCGACGAUACUAAGGAAGCGUGCUGAGGUAAAAGACGCAUCUGGUGAUAAUAUAGACAAGAUCUGGCUAUUGUUGGACGAACUACAACACUGGACAGAAGAAAUAGAGCCUCUCAAGACGCCACAAAGGUACGGAAAUCUGGCUUUUAGAACGUGGGGAGAACGAUUGGAAAAGAGAGUAUCCACACUACACUCCAAACUAUUGCCGCCCUCUUUGCAUGGCAUAAUACCGGAAUUGGAAGCAUAUCUUCUAGGCUCUUUUGGCUCUUGGGUACGUCUGGAUUAUGGAUCUGGACAUGAAUUAAGCUUUGCAGCUUGGCUUUGCUUUCUUUCUCGUCUCGGCUACUUUGACCGGCAAGGAGAAAAGUUUGAAGAGCGACUCGCAUUGGAGAUCUUUCCUAAAUAUCUCGAAGUAGCCUGGGGUAUUCAAGACCGAUACGGACUUGAGCCUGCAGGAAGCCACGGCGUUUGGGGAUUGGACGAUUAUCAAUUUAUACCUUAUGCUAUUGGAGCUUCACAGCUGAGGGACCAAAUUGCUUAUCCGCCCAUUGCAGUUACGUCUGUAUCCCACAAGGCAGAUCUCAAACCAGCAUCAGCAAAUUACUUGUUGGCAUUCACCCCUUCAUCUUCACCUUUGCAGAACACACAAUCACGUCUUGGAGCAAUACCUGGUCCUCCAUUCGCCAAUCUGUACACGAGUUCGAUCGCCAGAAUACAUGCUCUCAAACGUGGACCGUUUCAUGAACAUUCACCUAUCCUUCACGAUGUUGCAAGUACGGUGCCAAAUUGGGUAAAAGUACAUUCUGGAAUGAUGAAAAUGUGGGAAGCGGAAUGUUUGGAUAAGAGGCCGGUCGUGCAACAUUUUCCAUUUGGACGAUAUGGAUUCCCAUGGCCUGUCGCGAGUGAUGAUCACAGUCAGAAUGCAAUCUCAUCUGCAGCUCCCAAUCAUACCUCACAAGCUCAAGCAAAAUCGGCAAAUCUGCCCAUGCAACCAACAGCCGCACCAUGGGCUAAACCGUCCACCGGAGGACCUCCGAUGGCGCCGACCGGAGCACCGUGGGCGUUGGCGUCAAGUGCUUCUCGUACUGGUAUUCCUGGUGGUACUGCCACUCCGACCACACGGUCAACAUUGGCCAGUUCAGGCUCAGCAGCGGCCGCUACGUCUCCUUUCGGUAUUUUACCCAAAGCAGGUGUACCAAGGGACCAAAAGAGGGAUCUGAAUUAAAUGUAACAUACUGUGUAAAUUAUGAUCAAAAUAGAGGACUGCAAAGUCAUUAUCGGACUUGAUCGCAAUAA